AAACGUUAACAUACUUUUCCAAAAACGAUACUUAUUAUCAAACAAUAUUCUUUGUGAAUGGUGCAUCGGGAAUUAAGAUUUUGUAAAAAGUAAGAAAAUGAGAGAAUCUGCUCAUGACAUCAGUAUGGACACUUGGAAACAAUGGAUACUUGAAGCAAUAUCCAAAAUUCGGUCGCAAAAACAAAGACCGAGUGUUCAGAGAAUUUGUCAGGCUAUUGGAACACAUCACAAGUUCCAUGAAGACAUCGUGGCUGAAAAAUUAGAAAAAGCAGUUGAAUCUGGAUCUGUUAUUAAAGUAUACAACAAAGGCUUGCAUUCAUAUAAAGCGCCAAUGGCGAAAAGGCGAAUAAAAGUUGAUAAGAGUACAAAUCUUUAUAAAGUGGUAGCUAAAGCAGUUAAUGAUUUGGGAGAAUGUGAGGGAUCUACCAUUAAAAAUAUAGAAAACUAUAUUCAAAAGUUUAACUGCAUUGAACUUUCUCCUAAUGUGGAUUUUAAAACUGUAAUAAAAAUAUCAAUCAAAAAGGCUGUUGAUACUGGCUUCCUAAUACAGGAAGGGAAGUUAUACAAAAAGGGGAAAUCCCUAACAACACCUCGAAAAUCUGUACCAGAAACAGAGAUAGUUAUAAAAGGAGAAGAAACUUGUACACAUUGCUCCGGUAAUUAUCAAAAAAAUCUUAAUGGCAUUCCUGAACCUCUUAGCUCCUGCAAACAAUGUGGAAUAUCAUUACAUACUACAUGUGCAAAUAUUGCGGGAAAAUGCAAAUCCCAAUCUUAUGUGCUUCUCUAUAUGCUUGUUACUAAAGGAUCUUUAUGGAACUGUCAGAAAUGUGCCGAUUGCGUUGUGUGCAAAUUACGCAAUCGCGGUCCAUGCCUUUUGCAGUGUUUUGCUUGCAAAAAUCAUUUUCAUUUGACCUGCCUCGACACGGUACCGGACAAAAAGCCCAAGCAUCCAUAUCGAUGCAAAUCGUGCUUAAACGUUGAUCAUCCAAAAUCAUUAAAGAGGGACACAGGAAACAUAAAACUAGAGCAUGGAAAUGAUAGAAUUGUCCCAUAUUCUAAUGCCUCCCAAAAACCACAUUCCAAUUGCAAACGUCAGAUGAUCAAAAGGGAAGAACGUACAGAAAAUCCUUCAACGUCACAACAAUCCAUAAAUGUUGUCGGCCAGAAACAAAAGAAAAAGAGUUGCAUCGUUCUUACAAAAGUUGAUUCUCAAACAAAGCAAAGAAAACUAUAUCGGGAUCACAUUGUUAAUCAACGAAAACGUACAUAUUCGGAUUUAUCAUCAACGACUACUUCUAGUGAUAGCGAUGAUGAUGAUGACGACGAUGAUGAAAAUAAUGCUGCGUGCGAAGAUGAUAGUACGUCUUCAGACUCAUGUACUUCUUCUAGCUCUGAGUCGGAUUCAAGCGAUAGCUCGAGUGAUAGUUCUGAAUGCGAUGACGAUAAUGAUGAAGAAGAUUAUGACACAGACAGAAGUACAUUUAAAGAAAAUAUAUUUGAAAACGAAAAGAAAAUUGAAUUUCGAUCUUCACCAAAUGAGACCGCAAGUUUACAAGACGUAUCCUCGGAAAAUUGGGGAUUUGCUGCUGUUGCAAAAAAUCCAGUUGAUAACAAAUAUAUAAAACAUUUUAAAUGCAUAAGCUAUUCGAACAAUGCCUCAGUUAAUCAAGCCAUCGAACCCAUUAAACCUACCAAAUAUGCAUCCAAUAAAUCUGACGAUGUUGUCACGAACUGUGAUUUGCCCCCAAGGCGAAGCCAUUCAAAUAUUGGAAAGAAAAGGACGGUAAUUUUAAAGUCUAUGCCUCUUGAAUGUACUAAAUCAUACAGCAAACAUGAUGAUGAUAUUCCGUAUCUCACAAAAGAAACUGUUUUAAGAUGCCAAAUGAUUAAUGCAAAAGAUCAGUUUGAAGAACCACGAAAAAAAGCUUUAGAUGAAAGAACUGAUUACUUAUGUAUGGAAAAUGAAAAGGAUCAAAAUGUUAAAUCUACAAGCCGAAGUAAGCCGUUUGAAAAUCAACAUCUACCCCCUGGCGUUAAUCAGUUUGACGUUAACCUAUAUCAAGAAGUCCUGCAAAAAGCUGUUAUGAAAGUUUCUACAAACCAUUCCGAAAUAUCUACUGAGAAAAGUAACUCUCUGAUUCAUUGUGGACAAAGUCCCAAAUCGAUUGAAAUGGGAAAAUGGAAUAUUGAAACAUGGUACUCAAGUCCAUUUCCACAGGAAUAUGCGAGGCUGUUAAAACUGUAUUUAUGUGAAUUUUGCCUUAAGUAUACAAAAAGUAGAUCUGUAUUGGAUAGACAUCAAAAUAAAUGUAUUUGGAAGCAACCGCCUGGAACUGAAAUUUUUCGACAAGGCGAUAUAUCUGUAUUUGAAGUGGAUGGCAAUGUGAACAAGAUUUAUUGUCAAAACUUAUGUCUGCUUGCAAAGUUUUUUUUGGAUCAUAAAACUCUUUAUUAUGAUGUAGAACCAUUUCUAUUUUAUAUAUUGACCAAAAAUGAUCAAGUUGGCUGUCAUCUUGUUGGAUAUUUUUCGAAAGAAAAGCACUGCUCUCAAAAGUAUAAUGUAUCGUGCAUUCUGACCCUGCCUCAGUAUCAAAGACAAGGUUAUGGCCGAUUUUUGAUAGACUUUAGUUAUUUACUCAGCCGAGAAGAAGGUCAGUUGGGAACUCCAGAGAAACCACUUUCUGAUCUCGGUCGUCUAUCAUACUUUUCAUACUGGAAAUCGGUUGUAUUAGAGUACUUGUAUAAGUACAGAAAUAACCAAACAAUAACAUUUAAAGAUAUAGCUAUAAAAACCGGCUUAGCUGUUUCUGAUAUUGCACUGGCAUUCGAGCUACUUAACUUCAUCAAAUUAAGAAAAAAUGAUGGCGACAUUAGAUUUCAAAUCAAUGUGAAAAUAGAUUGGAAAAAGGUUUUGUCACAUUAUAACAAAACGGCUCAAAGCAAAACACGAAUUCCAAUUGAAGCAGAUUGUCUAAGAUGGAGUCCGUUAAUGGCAGUUUCAAAAUCGCCCAAUUUUAAUAUACGACCUAUAUCAAAUCGUGAAUAUUUAAGUUUUCAAUUCAUUGAAAAUUCAGAUGAUAAAUAUUCGUAUAAAAAAAGAACUGAGGAAAACCUAAAGACGCCAGUGUCUUCGAAAACUGAGAUUUUUGAAGAUUUGAAUAAAGAUUGUGAAAAACCUUACAAGUCGACCUCUGAAAAUACCGAUAGUAUUUCAAGUUACUCUAAAAAGAGCAUAUACUCUGAAACUUCACAAUUAACACAAAAUGAUGCAAAAAGGUGUAAACGUCCUUUUGAUGAUAAAAGAGAAAACUCAGACUCUUCUGACAGUAAAUAUUCUAAAAAGUCGUCAGAGUCGUCGGAAUACAAUGCGUUGACUAAACGAGCGCUACGUCUGGCUAAGCGAAAAGACUUGAUUCCUCAUACUAACAAAAGAAAACAUUUUGAACGUGAAAAUAAUAUUGAUAGUGUGGAGCAUAAUAUUCCAAACCAAAACGAUCAACAGAAUUGUAAGGAGGGCUUAGACAAAUGUUCUACUUUGCAAAGAGCUGCUGUCCAAGAAUCUAGUCGAAAUAUUAUGAAGCCUGUGAAUAUUGUACCAAAACUGCGAGGUAAAAAAUCAAAUGGAAAACGAGAUGAAGAAACUAAGGCCGCCGGUCAAAGCUCUAAUAAAAUUACAUUAAGCGAAUGUGAUAAUGCUCAAGUGAUCGAGGUAAUGAAAGAAAAACAGGAAGUUGAGCUUAGCCCGCAGUUAAUGGAAAAAGAAAAGAACUCCACUGAACUCUGUAAUGAGCAAGUCUUAGAUGCCGUUGCAAAGAAAACGAAGAAAGCAUUGUUUUCCGAUACGGCUUCAUUCGAGACAAAAAUCGAUGACAAUGUAACAGCAGAAUGUAAAAUUGAGCUAAGCCUUAAAGCUGAUGAAACUAUAUUUAGCAGCCAAGUGGAAUGCAAAGUUAAAGACAAUAUCGAAUUACAACCAGACCCUAUUGCGGUGGCUUCUUCUGAAAUCAAUUUUGAAGAAAAAGUUUUAAGUAAUUCCUUUGCAUCUGAAAAUGUUAAUAAAGUUUUACCAAUAGUUGAAAAACCUGAAACUAAGGUACCUAUUGUAAAUGAUAAAUGCUUGGAAAACAAUGACCCAAUAAAACAGAACUUAGAUGACCAAACUUCAAAAAAUUGUACCACUACAACUGAAGCUGCUCAAGAAUCAUCCGUCGUGGUCCCAGCAUCUGGAAGUAAUUCUUCCAAAGCCCCUGAAGUUUGCGCCAAAAAAGCCAAAAUUGAUAAAACUGAUACUAAGCACACUGGCUCUCCUGAAAAAAUGGAAACUAGCAAAACUGAAAUGUCUCAUGUAAAAGUUUUGAGUAGUUGCAGUAAACAGUCAAACAGUGAAAUCGACAAAGCACAUACAAAUACCGAAAAAAUAAGCCCUGUAAAAUCUCUGGAGUCUGUAAUGCAAGAGACUGAUAUAAAACAGAAAAUAAAUAAAAAAUCAGUUAUGGAAUCUUGCAUUGCAAAGUCCGAAAAUAUGAACACGUUAUGCAAAAAACCAGAUGCUUCUAAUCCAAAUAAAACAAAUAUAAGCUCAGAAAAGGAUAUAAAUAAAGCGACCCAAUUACUACAAGUUAAGGAAGAAGACAAAUCAAAUUUACGUGUCGCGUCCACUUCAUUGCCUAUACGAGAUAAGAUUCAAAUUAAAAACAACGAACAUUCUCAAUUACAAAACCCUAUAACGUCUCAGUUCCCAAUAAAUCAAAUGCCUAACUACCAUCAUACUUCUCAAUAUUGGCAAUGGGACUAUUACAGCUAUAAUCUUUGUAAUCUAGACCCAGCAUCGCAAAAGGGUCAAAAACAGUUUCAUAAAGACCUCGCAACUACUAUGGCAUAUACACAUAACUUCACACAAAACCUAUACCAAUCGGCUAAUUUAGCAAUGCAUGCUCAUCACCAAAUGCACCAUACAAAGGAUAAACAGAAGGUUGACAGAAAAGUAGCAGGGAAAAAAGAAGAUUUGUCAAAACAAGUAUCCUCCAUUAGCUCUGCCAAUAAUUUAAGAGAUGAAGGACAUUCACAUAAUUGUAAUGAUUAUAAUGUUAAUAAUCAAUCGAAUAUGUUUGAUCAGAAGUGCACAAAUCAACAAAAACUGUUUAAAACAACCGAUCACACACAACAAGUUAAAUCCAUAGACAAUGCGCAGAACACUAUAACCAGACCUACCAAUUCUAAUCAAACAGAAUCAACAAUUUUAAUACCAAGUUCAUUAAGCCGGGAAUCAUCAUCCUUGCCCACAAAACAAAAACCAGAACAAAGCGGUAACAUAACAUUAGAUGCUUCGCGAGAGGAGAAAAUUAAAGUGACCCAACCAAUCUUGCAAUCAGUUAAUCACUCAAAUUUGCAAGUCGGCGGUCAACCUGGUGUAAAUACUAAUAUGGCAUACACCUCAGAAGCAUCAUCUAACGCGCCCAUACAGCACUAUGACUGUGGAAUAAAUGUCCAAAUAAAUAUGGACUCUCCCGCAGGUAUUGGAAGUUCUGUUAAUCAUGGAUCUGAAAACACCAAUGGACUUAUGCACAGACAGUUUUCUGACUGUUCAAUGCAAAAUCAGUCAGCAACAACACCUAUGCACAUGUCAAUCCAAAAUUCACAUAUCCAACAACAAAACAAUAUAAAUAUGAACUUGCCUCCAGAAGGUUCUCCAAACUUGAAUAUAAUAGGAAAUUCACAACAUCAACAUCAAAAUAGGAAACUAACUGUGCAGCCGGAUAUUGUUGCGAAUUCCCCGACAACAUCACAUCGAGAACCUACACCGAAGCAAAUUCGGAAUAGCAAUUCUUCAAAUAAUUCUCAGCAACGUGAUGCUAAAGUUCCAACAGGAGGGACUUCACAAAAUUCUCACCACCAACACUCCCAAAGCAGUGUUUCAAAUAUAUCUAAAGCUCAACAAGAUGGAAUAGGUAGCUUACAGUUUGCGCAAUCAAGUGGACAGCAUGGUCAUCAGCAGAACAUGCAACCUUUGGAUUACAUACCAAUUCCGCAAAUUUCUCAAAAUUUUUCGACAAACCCAUCAAAUUAUGACAUAGUUGGAAUGCCAGCUGUGAUUCAACAGAGAAUGUCGCUAAAUAGCUCAGUUCACUCCCUUCCAAAUGCACACCAACGCAUUGAACAACCGUCAUCAGCUUGUGCUGUAAAUAAUUUCUAUUUACAAAAUAACAUGCCAUCAAAUGACAUUGUAUCAAACACAUCUCGUAUACCAGUCGCCACUUCAUUAGGGCCCCCAUCGUCCGUAGCUAAUAAUGAACAGUCCAUAUCAUCAAACAGUGGCGGCACCACACCAUCUUUAGUUGGACAUUUAUGUAGUCUUUCAAAACUUCAACAACUUACUAAUUGCCUUGAAUCUCAGCCAUGUAAUACAUCCCCAGGAGCCCAAACGAAUUUAACACCGUCGCCACACCACCCGAUUCCACCCAAUUCUAUGACCCCGCCUCCACAUUUAUUAAUGCAAAAUAGAAAUGUUUCUACACCUCCAAAUAUGUUGCAAACACAAGUAACACCCUUACAAUAUAAAUAUUACACCAGCAACAUGAACAUUACGCCGAGCACAGCAACUCAGAACACUAAUAGAAAUACUCGAAACACGCCGUCCGCCCCUAUACAACACUCUUCAGCGGCAAUUAGCAGCAGUUCAAAUAAUCGCACAGCCAAUGUGCACAUCAGUCCAAAUCUUAUGUCACAUUAUGGGGCCAUCAAUAGCUACAGAAUGUCGCCUCAGCAGAGUCCUCCCACAUCAGCUUAUAGUUCGGGUGGUGAAUAUGCAAAUUCUCAGCUUCCAAUGCAAAUGGGUGUUAUGAACAUGCAAUCUCAGUAUCAAGACGCAUGCGUAUUGCAAAGAGCUACUCAACCUAAUCCGAUGUAUCCCACAUAUUCGCCAUACUUGCCGUUGAACAGCUCAAUACGCAGAUAAAAAGAGUUCAUCAUACACAAGGUAUUAUAUAAAAUAAUAUAAAUUUUACCUACUUGUAUUGUGUUGUGAAUAAAUAUAAAUUCUGUGUAUUACAAAUAUAUUAAUUUUAAACACCUA